AUGGAUGUACCGAAGCCAACGGUGGUGAAGGAUCCAAGCAAGGUGGGGGCACAAAGGAACGACUCGGUGACACCACAAGUCCGCCUCCUCAAAGCGAAGGGAAAAAGGUGCGUCGGCAACAAUAAAAAGGACGGCGGGGCGGCGGACGUGGCGGGGCACACGAUGGACAAGAGGGGCAGGGUCGCUGUGCGCCGCAGCCACAACUGCCCAUGCAGACAUCGCCCUGGCCGGAGCAAUAUCAGCCGCUCUACUUCUAUGCCGUGCAGCAUGAUAUUGAAGCGCUUGUCGGCCAAGUUGGAGGCGUCCGAGAAGGAGGUGGCCAAGAAGGCAACAGAUGGCCAGGAGGAGCCGGUGGUAGAGCCCGGUCAGCACACUGCACACGUAAUCAUCACGAAGAACGGAACGGGUAGCGGAGAUGGGCGUAGCUACCGACGAGGAGGUCCGCCGCGCCAGGGGCCGCGAGGCGGCAACGCCGGUGGCGCAGGAGGCGCCGCUCUCCGGGGCGGGAGGGGCGGCCACCGUGGAGGACGGGGAGGGAAUGCAAGGGCUGGCGCGGGGCGCCAAGCACGGCGUGCAGAUGGUGCCGCCGCCGACGGCCAUGUACACGCUGCAGCGGGAGCGAGGGGUGUCCCCCGGAGGGCGAGGGGUCCCCGGCCACGCCUAUAUGGCUGGUGGGCUAGCAUCAAGUAUGCCAACCCAAAGGGGCUUGGUUUACAGGAGUUUGAGGCAGAACUGGAUGAGUCACUGUCCAGGAGUCCAAGAAUUGAUCCCAGGGAGCUUAAAGACUAUGAACUGCACCAGGAUCUGCUAGCACAGGGGGCCUAUGCUGCUGGUUUAAUCAGGACAUCGACCGAUGGGUACCAAAAAAUGGCACUGUCAAGAAAAAUUCUGCUGGGCAUGUACCUGGAGGGUAAGAAGAAUACACCCGAGGCGGAACACUGGCGCAAGGAACUGCACCUGCAGAUCGAAGCAUUAGAGCAUCCCUUAUCCGCUCUGGCCAAGUCUAAGAAGAACUAUGAGACCAUGCCACUCCUGUUCCUGGAGAUGCCUGAUCUCCUCCCUAAGCAGGAGAAGAAGAAUAAGAGAGCUUGAGGCUGCUACUGGGGACUGCUAGUCUGCUGGAAGAGGAAAGGGGUGGUUUAUCUGACAGUGCAGAAUUUGGUGUGAGGCCUGAGCCGGCCCAGGCCACAGACAGGAACCUUGUAUUUUCAUUUUGAAGUCGAAUCUGUACAUUGAGGACCUGUCGUAUGUGAUGUUGUUGCAUACGCUGUAGAAAACGAAGAUGCCAUAUUCAUACCGUCCGGCAUACUCUAGUACAUCGAUAUGCCACGACGUUGAUACCUUAUGUUUGUGAUAUAUAGUACUUUGACGAAUGCUUAA